UCGACGCCAUCUUGUCAUGCUAUGGCCUCAUGAAUCAUCCAUCUUCCUUCCCAUCUUCCUCAGCUCAUCUGCAACCAGGUCAUUCCCCUCAUCUCCUUGCACCAGACUCAACCUCCCGACCAAUCAGCCCCACCCUGGUCUGCACUGCAAUCAAGGCAUCGACUCGAGCGAUCAGCUCGGGAUCUGCACGCGGCAUGAACUAUUGGCUCGCAGCCCUGCCGAUCGCUUUGAGGUGGCAUCGCGAGUUCGGCCUGCGGGCGAGCAAACACUUCGGCCUGCAUCCUUCGUAGACAUGCAUUCACUCCACCUCACGGCUCGCGGCGAUUCCAGCGCACACAGCCAGCCACCAGGGUGGGCUCGUCUUCUUGGCCGCAUCCAUGGUGCAUCUCUGCCACGAUGAUCAUGCUCAGCUCUUCCUUGGGUCUCGACUAUAAAAUGGCUAGCUCUGGCUCCCUCGACCUAGUUGUCACUCCUCUCCAGGCCCGGUGAUCUCCCAGCUGUUAGUCUCUAGGUGGUCGGCAAGCCGUUCAACCCUUUUCCCCGUCAAGCCUGCACCAUGGCUCCCAAGUCCCUCCUUUACUCGCUCUUCUCAUCCCUGACCGUCGCUUUGGCGGCCUCUCUGCCCCAAACCGACUAUGAGGUCAUGGUCAUUGGCGGAGGCCCGGCCGGGCUGAGCGCUCUGAGCGGUCUCUCGCGAGUCCAGCGCAAGACGGUGCUUUUCGAUUCGGGUGAAUACCGCAAUGCUCCGACGCGGAACAUGCACGAUGUGAUCGGUAACGAUGGCACCGUCCCCAGCGAAUUCCGUGGUCUCGCCCGCGAGCAAAUCUCCAAAUACACCACGGCCUCGUUCGUCGACAAGAAAAUCACCUCCGUCACCCCAGUCACCGACCACAGCACCAACACCUCCUACUUCAACGCCACCGACGCCGACGGCGCCGUGUACUCCGCCCGCAAACUCAUCCUCGGCACCGGUCUCGUCGACGUCCUCCCCUCCACCCCAGGCCUGCAAGAAGCCUGGGGCAAGGGCGUGUACUGGUGUCCGUGGUGCGACGGCUACGAGCACCGCGACCAACCCUUCGGUAUCCUCGGCGCCCUCCCCGACGUCGUCGGCAGCGUGCUCGAAGUCUACACCCUCAACACCGACAUCAUCGCGUUCCUGAACGGCACGCACACCCCCGCCGCCGAGGCCGCUCUCGCAGAAAAAUACCCGAACUGGAAACAACAACUUGAGACCUACAACGUGCGUCUCGAAAACGCGUCCAUCGCGUCCUUCGAACGCAUCCAGAACGGCGCCGACCACACGGACGAUAAAGGCCACCAGUUCGAUAUCUUCCGGGUACAUUUUACCAACGGCUCCUCCGUUGACCGCAACGCUUUCAUCACAAAUUACCCGUCUGUUCAACGCUCCCAGAUCCCGACUUCGCUCGGCCUGGCUAUGAAAGACGGGAAGAUCGAUACGAGCAUUAACCCUGGUAUGCGGACUAGCUUGCCUGGUGUGUUUGCUAUCGGGGAUUGUAAUAGCGAUGGGAGCACGAAUGUGCCGCAUGCGAUGUUUAGUGGGAAGCGUGCGGCGGUUUUCUUGCAUGUCGAACUAGCAAAAGAAGAAUCCGCCGCAUCAAUCGAGAAACGAACCCUCCCGUCCAAGCGAGAAAUGCUCAAGGCCGCCGAGCGCAGUAUGGGCAAUGAGCUAGAGGAGGUGUGGAAACGCGCGAGGGGAUUGUAAUAAUCUAAUUAAUUGAUGGAAUUGGGCAAAUGGUGCAUGAUGGGAGAUACGGGUGAAUAUAAUUACGGACGGUAA